CCCGUUUCUUCGUCAAUAUGUAGCAACUGCGACGCUUGUUUGUAAGAGAGCACACAAAUAUCUUUGGUAUUCACUAACUGGGUAAUUUAUCUGCUUGACACUUAAAGAUAGUAUACAUAUAUUGCCCUUUACAUAUGCGAAGACGGAUUAACACUGUGAGGAGAAUUUCAACGCCGAUGACCGUCAGUUGUGUUGUGGAUACGAUAUUGAGUGAAACUGGGCUGGAGCAUAUUCCGAGUGUCUGGCCUUCCUGCCUUUGCCUACAGUAGGAACUUUGGUGCCUGUUGUGGGCUGUGCAUGUUUGUUCCUCACCAGUGAUUCCUUAUGCUACAUAGAAGCUGCACCCUGUGUUUUACAGGAUGGAUGGUGUGGACUUAAAGAGACUUGUGUAUCAACAUCAGCACUCUGUGUUCUUCUGUGGUGUUCAAUCUGUUACCAUUUACAAGAGGACACCUCCCAUCCUACACCCCCAAUCUCUGCACUAUAUAUAUAAAGACCGUCAGUAAAAAAGACAGCUGGAGGUAGAAGUUGUAAAACUUUCUAUCUUUUUUUUCUUUUUAAAGCACAGAUCGAUACUGCUUAUAUAAGCCUAUAUUGCGGACAUGGAAGUUUCCUUAUUUUAAUUUCUCAGUUAGUGUACCCCCUUACUCCUAGUGUGGGUGGUGGGAUGUCGGAAAAGCCAGACGACAAAAUGGUGAAGUUCCUAGCUCCCCCUCAGAAGAGUGGAAAUGGCCCCAGUUCUGGUUCAGAUUCGAUGGUUAGUGAGUGCCGGCCAACAGAGGUGAGACGCCGGCAUCACACCAUGGAGCGUGAUCGAUGUAACCCUGAACACCGUUUCUUGCGUCGCAGUGUUAUCAGUGAUUCCAAUGCUACAGCAUUGGCUCUCCCUUUACCUAGCAAGAUCCCCAUCCCUGCACCUCAACGGGUUCAGCUACGAGAAGCCGCCCCCCAGCGGCACUUGGCUGCUGCUUCUGCUCAUUUGCCACGGGCUGAACCAAGUUUAGCUCAAAAUGAGGAGUGUGCUGUUAGUGGAAGAGGAGGAGAACAAGGAAAAGAAAUAGCCAAGGUGGAUGUAGUGCCUUCUGAGCGGGAGCCUGCCAUUGUACAAGAUACCUGCGAUGGAGAGGUGGUGGUAGCGGCCCGCUCCGCACCAGGCUUAGGAACAGAAUUGCCAAGUCAAAUAGAACCUGAAAGCAUCACUGAAGUGAAGAUACAUCAUGAAGAAGAAGGGGAGGAAGAAGAUAAGGACUCUGCCAAGGCACGAGCAGAGGCAGAGCAGAGAGAAGCUGAGAAGAAAGUGCAGGAUGACAUUGAAGAGGCAGAGACCAAAGCGGUGGGAACAUCACCAGAUGGGCGUUUCCUCAAGUUUGAUAUUGAAAUUGGACGUGGCUCCUUCAAGACUGUCUACAAGGGCUUGGACACUGAGACCACGGUGGAGGUGGCUUGGUGUGAGCUACAGGAUCGUAAGCUUUCAAAGACGGAGAGGCAGCGCUUUAAGGAGGAAGCAGGGAUGUUAAAGGGACUACAGCAUCCCAACAUUGUCCGUUUUUACGACUCUUGGGAGGGACCCUCCAAAGGCAGGAAGUGCAUUGUACUGGUCACUGAACUCAUGACUUCUGGCACCCUCAAAACGUAUCUAAAGCGGUUCAAGGUGAUGAAAAUUAAAGUGCUGCGGAGCUGGUGUAGACAAAUCCUCAAGGGGCUCCACUUCCUUCAUACUCGUACUCCCCCCAUCAUCCACAGGGACCUUAAGUGCGACAAUAUUUUCAUCACAGGCCCAACAGGAUCCGUCAAGAUUGGAGACUUGGGACUGGCCACACUCAAGCGUGCAUCCUUUGCCAAGAGUGUUAUAGGUACCCCUGAGUUCAUGGCGCCUGAGAUGUAUGAGGAGAAGUACGACGAGUCAGUGGAUGUGUAUGCCUUUGGAAUGUGCAUGCUGGAGAUGGCCACCUCAGAGUACCCUUACUCAGAGUGCCAGAAUGCUGCACAGAUCUACCGCAGAGUUACCAGCGGGGUGAAGCCGGGCAGCUUCGACAAGGUGGCCAUUCCUGAAGUGAAGGAGAUCAUCGAGGGAUGUAUUCGCCAGAACAAGGAUGAGAGGUACUCGAUCAAGGACCUUCUGAACCAUGCCUUCUUCCAGGAGGACACAGGGGUGCGUGUGGAGUUGGCAGAAGAAGACGAUGGCGAGAUGGAGGCUAUUAAACUGUGGCUGAGAAUUGAGGAUGUAAAGAAACUCAAGGGAAAGUACAAAGACAAUGAAGCCAUUGAGUUUUCGUUUGACCUCAACAAAGAUGUCCCAGAGGAUGUGGCUCAGGAAAUGGUGGAGUCUGGUUAUGUGUGCGACGGUGACCACAAGACCAUUGCAAAGGCCAUAAAGGACAGGGUAUCGCUAAUCAGUCGCAAGAGAGCACAGCGGCAGCAGGUCAGAGAAGAUCAGGAGAAGAGAAAGCUAGAAGAAGAACAGCAGGGUCAGUUACCUCCAGCACAGCAGCCAGGACAACAGUCGAGCAUGGAGGUGCCUCAGUCCCAGCCGGUGCCACAGCCUGCUCCUUAUGUCUCUCCACAACCAAACCCACAGAUGGCUGCCCAACCUGCAUCUCAGCAGAGCUCUAACUAUAACACUCCUCAAUCAACCCAAAUGGCUGGCAUGGCACAGGGCGUCCCUUAUAUCCCCCAGUCAACUGGGCAAGUCCCAGUUCCAGUUCAAGGUCAGAGUGUGGCCACCAUCCAGCCGGAGUCAGAGGAGCCUGAGACUGACCAACAACUACAGCACACUGGUGGAGCCAGUCACAUAGGAGACAGACUGCCUGCUUCCACCAUCCCUCCUGAGAUCCAGUCUCCUCAGUCUGGAAUAUCCUACAACUCUCCUCCCAGUCAGCAUCUUCAGCCCCAGGUGUCACUCCCACAGACACAAAAUGACCAAACACAACAGCAGCAGUUGUCAGUUGUUCAACCCCAGAUGCAAGGUGUCCAACCUGAAGUUGUUCCUGUUGUGCCCGGCAGCCAGUCUGUUCCAGUGGCACCACCACAGUACGGAGUUUACUACCAACCAUCGCUUCCCCCUCAGAUUCCCACCCAACAAGUAAUGAUACCCCCAUCCUCUCAGUCGUCUCCCCCGCAGCAGCAGCAGCAGCAGCAGCAGCAGCAGCAGCAACAGCCAGAGAGCAGCGCUUCUCUCCAGAGCUCCACUCUACCACAGUCACAGACUGGAACUCAGCAGCUACAGUCUUGGGCCAAUGAUCCAAGUCCUCCUAUCCUGUCACCUCCACUCAACGCAGAGCACCUAUACUUCCUCUAUCAGGCCUCUUGCCUCUCUGUUCUGCAGGCUCCUAUGAGUGUUCCUCAGUCAACGCCAUUGGAACAGCCAGGUUCCUCUGCUCUGGUCCCACCAUCUGUAGAAAGUUGCCUGUCAGAUGCAGCUUCAGGUCUUAGUGACGGCAAUGAUGGAAGUUCAGGAGGGCGCCAUGAGGGGCGCUCACUGAAACGUCACCAGCGGCGAUCAGUACGCAGCCGCUCCCGCCAUGAGAAGACUGCAAAGGCCAAGCUAAAUGUUCUCAGUAUCUCUAAUGUCGGAGACAGAGUAGCAGAGUGCCAGCUGGAAACGCACAACAGGAAGAUGGUGACCUUCAAAUUUGACCUUGAUGGUGAUAAUCCGGAGGAGAUCGCACAGAUCAUGGUUGAGAGUGAAUUCAUCUUGGAAAGUGAGCGGGAGUCCUUCAUCGACCAGGUCCGUGAAGUCAUAGAAAUGGCUGAUGAGAAAGGAGAGGGCAUGAAGGAAGGCUUCCCUCAGAUGAGUGAUCACCAAAAACAGCCUGAGCUGUCUGUUCCCAUGCUGCCAGGCAUUUCCCCCAGCACUAUAGCCCAGGUGGUGCAUUCGGCAGGACGCAGGUUCAUAGUCAGCCCAGUGCCCGAGUCUCGUCUUAAAGAACAGUUCUUUGGCGUUACUUCUGCUAAUACCUCCUUUGGAGAUGAAGCAGUUCCUUCUAUGCCAUUGGGCCUUUCUCUGUCCGCUCCAUCUGGGAUUCUCCAGCAGGCUUUCAGUAAAAUGAAGCAGGCUCGUGUGGAAAGAGGAAGCACCUUUGAUCACUCUGCUGCUGAGCAAGACCCAGGCACUGUCCCGUCCACUGAGGCUGUACUCGGCCCAAACUCUAACAAUAUUCUGGCUCCUCCAGAGGCUGUAGCUUCAACUGCUGGCACUACCUUUCCUGGCGUGCCUCUCGCAUCUACUGCAACGUCUUCACCACCUCCCUCAACUGGGAGGGUUUCCCCUCAACCAACAUCCACUCAGUCCCAAACCCCAGCUGCUGUUCUGAGUGAUCCCAGUCCACCUCCUCGGUUAUCCCAUGAAGCAGCUCCUUCACAGCUUCCACCAGCUGCCAACAUCCCACCCACAUCUUCCAACGUUUCUCCUCCAUCAGUGCAGACCUCCGUCCCCGCAGUACCUGGGCCUCAGCUGAGCAGUAGUUCUGUCUCUUCUAUUGCGAGUGUUACGUCCAGUAGUACUGGCUCUGUCCCUGGUUCAGAGCAGCAGCCUUUUAAUAAUGCUGCUUCGUCCUCCCAGCCUGUGAAUUCGUCCAUCCAUACACCACAGCACGCAACGUCCCAGAAUCAGCCUGUCCCAAUUUCUGCUCAGCCCCCUCCUCCCACCUCGUUACCGAGUCAGACCCAGCCGGUGGAGCCAGAGGGCGCUGAUCUCCAGAACAAAACUGCUGGCAGAGAUGAUAUCCAGGCUCUAGAUAAAAAGCUACGGUCCCUCUUUAAAGAUCAGAGCUCUGCGUCGUUGGAUCAGAACACAGGCACCUCCUCUCCUCCCACUGGGACUUCUUCCCCUCCACCUGGAGCUGCCCUGGUGCCCCCAUCCAACCUUCCCCUCACCUCCGGAGUGCAUGGUGUCCUGGGCCCGACAACCACCCCGGGACAGGGUAUUACCCCGGCAGGACAGACGCCUCCAACAAAGCACAGGGCACAGACUUUACCUACUGGUUUUGACCAAGCUGCUACACCUCCCUCUGAACUUUUUCCCCCAUUUCCUGGACCAAAUCAGUCACAGCAACCCCUGGGUAAUUUGGACGCCCAGUUGAGGAGAGCUCUGAGCCCAGAGACUGUUCAGGGAGGUAACGGAGCCCAGUCUCCAGCAGCAGCUUUUACCCUGGGACGUUUCCAGGUGUCUGUUGCUACUGAUGGUGCAUCCAGCAGCGUUCCUGAUCCCUCGAGCAUUGUUUCCUCUUCUUCCCUAACGCCGUCCUCUACAUCCUCCUCCUCUUCUUCUUCUUCCUCUUCCUCUUCCUCCCCCUCAAGUCCAGAAAAUACCCUCCACCGGUCAUCCUCUCUGUCCAGAGGAGUUUGUGAAACUGACUGUAUGAAUGGAGCCUCCUCGCUCUCUGCUGGUCCUGCCAGUCAACCCACCACUAUUGGGCGCUUCCAAGUAUCCACAAGCACCAAAGCCACAUCUGGGCCAACCACUCGCUCUAAAGUGGGACGUUUUUCUGUCACAGUGACCCCAGCUCCAGCAGCAGGCUCCAGUCCAACACAUGGUUCCAGUGUUCAGAAUGGUCCCUCAUCCUCAACGUCUGAUCCUCAUAACUCGCACACCCAUUACAGUAGUGACAAUGACGACGACUCUGAGACUGAGGAUGAAGCUUUGCACAAGGAAAUUAGCCGUCUCAGAGAAAAACAUAUGAUGGAGAUCCAGACAUUGCAGACUCGUCAGAAAGAUGAGGUUGAAGCCCUGUUCACACGGAUGGGAAAACCUCCUCCUCCUUCUGUCUUCUCCCCCGCUGUGGCGAUGGCUGGAGGUCGACGAAGGCUCAAAAGCAAAAGCCACAAAUCUGUUCGCAGUAGUGGACAGCCCAGCCCCAUACACUCUGGGUCCCCAGCCUCCGCUCAGAAUCUUCAUGGUUCAGAGUCUCCUCCAAAGCAAAGUCCACCCUCAGCAACAGAGGCAUCACAAGCAGUUAACAUGUCAUCCAUGAAACAGCUUAGAUCCUCUCCCUCCAUGCCCAGCCUCAGUAGUUGCUCCACAGGAUCAAGUGGGACCAGCUCCACAAAUGGAUCAGGCAACUGCCAGAACCACUCUGCUUCUCUGACCCAGGCGACUGGACCCACUCCUCCUUCCUCUCAAACCCAGAAGGGCAAAGGCACGUUCACUGAUGACCUGCACCAACUGGUGGAUAACUGGGCGAGGGACGCCAUCAACCUCUCCCAGUGCAAGAGAGGUCCUAAAACUGGAGCACCGGCACCUCUGGGACAUGAUAUUAUCCCUCCAGCCAACAUGGGCCGUAAAUUCUCAGCUCCAGGCUACCUUUGCCCAACACUUCCCACGCCUUCCACUACCACGACCACCACGUCCCCUCACCUCCCCAACCCAGCCAAUCCCUCUAUCCCUAUGGGGCCUCGUAAAGGCUCACUGGGCCCUGUCGCGCAGGGGUUUGGAUACUCCUCAGCCCCGUACAAUGCUCCUCAGUGGGCAGGACCCACAGGCACAUCCCAAGCCAGCAUGCUUAACCCUGCACAACCACUAACGCAGUACCAGCCGCCCACGACCGCCUCAGUGUCCCUGCACCAAGGCUACCACAUGGGAACCACACCAGCCCCCCAGAAUUCAGUCGGCCCCGGAGGGUCCAACCUGAGGCCAACGUAGCCCAGUUGUAGCCCCACACAGGGCAGACAGUCGUUGAACGAGAACACUAGCUCUCUUUGCGGUAGGCUGGUUGGCUGGCUGGCUGGAUAUUGUCCUUUUUUAUUUUUAUUUCAACUUUUAUUAUUAUGUUUGUUUUUUUUUUUGUAAUGGAGUUGACCUGUGUGGUUCAAGUUCUCAGGCAGAACGAAAUCUGUCUGGCAUUUGUAGGGAGCGUGCAAUACACAUCCACAGCACAAGUCUCACACUUAGCCUGCCAUCAGCUGUGGAAUUGAGCUGUGACGAGUCGGUUGGUUGUGUCUGGUGAUGUAAUGACCCAAAGGCGUAACCAACAGCAGUCAAAGAUGUCUUUUUGAGAGCAGACGUUGCAAUGUCAUCAUUCCUGUGAAGAGGAGAAGGUAGCAGGGCUUCUGGUUCACAUCUUCACCGGUCCUGACUUUAAGCCGAGGUGGGGCCGAAGACAGUUGAACUAUUACACCAUAUAGACACGCGUAUAGACUCACACCUGACUAUACAAUAACCCUGGUUGACGGACUUGGGAUAGCAUGUUAAGUUGUCUCAGAGAGCGAGGGGCGGAGUGUACAGAAAGUGUGAGAUAUCAGUGGGACAGUUUGUCCCAGAUGGAUUAGCAAAGUGUGACUGGUUGAGUUGGGAGAAGAAAGACAUGGUAAGUUGGGCAGGAGUGUAGUGGAUAGGGUUGCAGUAUGAAUACAUCCCAAUGGCUACCUAUUAACUGAAAUGCAAUAAUGGCAAAGCGUAGAUGAACUGUCCCUUGUAACUGUGGCCUUAAUCCCCAAACACAUUUAAACAUUGACUUUGUACAUAGAUAUUUCUUCACUGGGUUAUGAUUCCACGUUUAGCAUAUUUAUGUCCCUGUGAGUCUGGUGACAUUGUGAUACGAGUUGUCCAUCCAUACAGAUUUAUUAUACAGAUUUAUUCUUCACGUCACAAAAAAAAAGCAUUGUCCUGGUGUUGACCACCAAUCUCAGUGUGAAAUUUAAGAGGUGAUGCUGCUGUAAAUCACAAUCUGGUUGAGGUUGUUUGCAGGGUGUUUUUUUUGUUUUUGUAUGUUGUUUUUUUUGUUUUUACGCAAGAAUGAAAUUAGAAUCCCAAUUUGACACAAAGAACAACUUCACUUAGUGCUGAUAUGAGCAGUUCAAAAUGUGCUUAUCAAAUAACAAGAAAUAAUUUUGGUUUAUUGCAAUAGUAUUUUUGGAAGGUUUCAGUCUCUCCCAGUUGUUUACACAGACGGUGCACAGACGGUGCACAGUACACAGACGGUGCACAGUACACAGACGGUGCACAGUACACAGACGGUGCACAGUACACAGACGCAGACGGUGCACAGUACACAGACGCAGACGGUGCACAGUACACAGACGCAGACGGUGCACAGUACAUGAACCGGUUGUUAGUCGAGUCCAGUAAAUAUCUCCGCUCAUAACAUUUAGCAGUCACCUCUCAAAUCUCAAGUAUCUGGGGUUCUCUCUUUCUGUGGUCUGUUUUUGUAUACGUAUAUUUAAUAAAACAAAUGUUCUUUAUGGACCUGUAUUCAGCCAUCAGAUUUUGAUGUUGUUUCACUGUAAUUAUUAAAGGUUGUUAAACAACAUGUAGUUAAAGGAAUAUAAAAAGUGCAAUUGCAGGGUUGUUGUUGUUGUUGGUAUCCUACUCACCACGCAGGAGUAAUCCUGUCAUUUAUUUAUGCUCUUCUCUCUAUGACUGCCCUGCCCCCCCCCCCCUUUUUUUUUUCUAUUUUAUUGUACAUAUGUUAAUGUGAGGUAAAAUGCUUUCACGUAAUGCUCAGUCACUAGAGUAUGCUUGUGGUGACCCACUCUACAUGCACAUGCACUCUAACCUGUAAACAUGUGGAACACUUUAGUGCCUUGCAUCCUCACUAAUGACAAGUUCCAGAUUCAUUUAGUCCUGUAGCUGUGACAGUUAACCAGACCUGUAUGACGUAAACACACAACAGGUGGCGCCUUAACUUACACGGCCAGCUCAGAGGAUGUAACACUGAAACGUUAGACAAGACACCGCACAGGACGGGCACACAGAGUAAUGUGGAAGUGUUUCUGCUCUCGCUACAGUUCCCUUUGUGUUGGUUGUGUAAUCAGCUGUGAAUUUAUAUUUGGCUCAUGCGUACAUGGAUUUGGCUGACAUUUGUUUUGUGGAUUUAUCAUCAUUAAACUGUUUCAUAGACACUCUUGUUCAGGCAGCGAGUGAGCUGUAUAAAGGUUUAAAAGUCUCAGCACCUCACACGAGUGCCAUGCUGUCAUUGUGACCCUUUCGCCUGCUCGUAGAUUGGAUGAAUAGUUAAACUUCUCUAGAGAAAAAAUAAGUUACUGCAAUGCAGAAUAUGCAAUGUUUAAAGUUUUAAAGGGACUGAGGGGUAUUGGAAACAUGUGCAUGCUGAUAAAGGUUGUUACCGACUUCAAUGUUUUGAUAUUGGAUUAUUAGUGAUCCUUUUCUUUUUUUUAUUCUUUGCCUUCCUGAGUGAUCACCAAGUGUUGAUCUGUUUAAUUGCCAUUCACCAAUAUCACAGGCACAACUUGAAUAUUGCAUAUGAUUUCUGCAUGCCGGCUUCACUGGUGUUUAACCUUACAUAUGACGACUCCCGACUGUACAGCACAAGGUCACAACCAAGCUCUUUAAGGUCCAUAUGCUACUAUGCUAUUAUCAGUCAUUAUCAGACCUCUUCAGUACUGACAUGCAGUCAUUUCUGUCGCGCUCUUAUUUCUGAUCCCUCAUUACUGACUUCCUGUGAUUCAGUGUCUGUUUUGUGUAUGUUUUUCACAUUGUACAAAAUGUAAAAACAAAUAAAAAUAAUAUCAAUUAAA